UUGCGAGCGGUUGCUACCUGCCUCCAGCCAUGAUAACAAUAACAUAAAUAAAAUUGGGGGAAAAUAGGAAAAAAAAUCAAAUUAUUUGAUUUCUUCAAAUGCUACAUCAUCAACAUCAACAACAACAGAGAUUCCUCUCUAUCAAAUUGCUACUGAUAGAGAGAAAUCAAAUCCUAAGUUAUUGAAGCCCUUUAGCGUUUCUGUUUUGAGAAAAAUCGAGAUCGAUCGGAUCGGAUCGGAUCGGAGUUUUUGAAACUGAAAUUAGAUAUUAUAGAUUUAAAGGGAGGAGGGAGUUGAAGAAGAAGAAAAAGAAGAAAGGCCGUGAGUGCAGGCAAUUUGGCUGAAACAUGUCUGCCAUAGUUUCAGGGAAGAGAUCUUUCUUUGAGGAAUUGAGCGCAUCACCUCCCGUUUCUAAGAGAAUCCGUUGUUCUUCUCGUUUUGUUUCUUCUUUCUCUCCUUCUUCGCCGCCUCCAUUAUUUUUGAUCGACCAAUUGAUUCCCAUGUUCCCUGAAAUGGAUAAACAGAUACUUGAAAGAGUACUUGAAGAAUGUGGAGAUGAUCUGGAUUCAGCUAUUAGGAGUUUGAAUGAGCUUCGUUUAGGAUCUGCUGAUAGAAAUGCAGCUGCUCCCGCUGAUGAUAAAACUGGUGUAGAAUUAAAAGGAAAUGAUCAACUUGAAGCUCAAGCUCCAAUAGUUGCCAAUGGAAAUGUUCCAGCUAAGGAACAGACAGUCCCAGAAGUCCUCUCAAUGGAUGGUUCAGACUGGGUGGAGCUUUUUGUUAGGGAAAUGUUGAAUGCUUCCAAUAUUGAUGAUGCCAGAGCUCGUGCUUCAAGAGCACUGGAGGUUUUGGAGAAAUCCAUUCAUGCACGAGCUGGAGCUGAGUUUGCCCAAAAUUUCCACCAGGAAAAUAAGAUGUUGAAAGAACAGGUGCAAGCACUCAUUCAGGAAAAUACUAUUCUGAAGCGAGCUGUUUCUGUUCAGCACGAGCGUCAGAAGGAGUAUGAAAGCCAGAGUCAGGAGUUGCAGCAUCUGAAGCAAGUAGCAUCUCAGUAUCAAGAGCAGUUGAGAACCCUUGAGGUAAACAAUUAUGCAUUGACAAUGCACUUGAAGCAGGCUCAGCAAAGUAGCUCCAUCCCAGGCCGUUUCAACCCUGAUGUCUUCUAGUAAUUCUUGGACAUGUCUUUUGCAGAUGAUUUGUGUGCAAUUCUGUGCUCGAAUCAUGGCAAAGGCAUUGCUAACAUUAUCAAGCUUCCAAAAGUUAUAAUCUUCUUCAACAGGCAUGCUGCCACCAGGUGGUAUGUAUUUCCUCCUAUAUUUGCAGACAAAUAGGCUGCAGGAAAAAGAUAAGCUUUGAUUAUUUUAACAAAAGACACGCAUGUUAAGUGGCCAUGCUAACAUACUUGGAACUCUGCAUAUUUUAUAUGUUUUCAGUCUUGUUAUAUGUGGGUGAUAUUUAAAUU